UACUUUUUUCCCUCUAAAAGCUGGUGCCUACUUUCUCUAGAGACUCUCAACCGCAUUGAUGGCGUCCCAAGUCGCGAACCACCUCGAGCCAUGGCAAGACCUGGAGGGCAAGGUGGUCAUGGUCACCGGCGCUUCCUCGGGUCUCGGCAGCGAGUUCUGCCUCAACCUCGCCAAAGCCGGCUGCAAGAUCGUGGCGGCCGCCCGCCGAGUUGACCGACUCAAGUCUCUCUGCGACGAGAUCAACAACCUCACCCACUCGAACCUUCCUCCAAACGCUGAUCCGCCUCUCCGAGCCGUAGCAGUCGAACUUGACGUCACCAGCGAUGGCUCCUCAAUCGGCGCCUCCGUUCAGAAGGCUUGGGAGGCCUUUGGACGUAUCGAUGCUUUGCUAAAUAAUGCGGGCAUUAGAGGCAAUGUGAACUCUCCUCUGGAUAUAUCUGAGGAGGAAUGGAAUAAUACUCUGAAGACAAACUUGACGGGAUCAUGGUUGGUGUCAAAAUAUGUCGGUAUGCGCAUGAGGGAUGCCAAGAAUGGAGGAUCAAUCAUCAAUAUUUCUUCCAUUGCUGCUCUUAAUCGGGGACAGUUACCUGGAGGAGUAGCCUAUGUGUCUUCCAAGUCAGGCUUGAGCGCCAUGACAAAGGUAAUGGCUCUGGAAUUGGGGGCAUACAAUAUUAGAGCGAAUGCAAUAGCACCUGGACUAUUCAAAUCAGAGAUAACUUCGGGCCUUAUGCAAAAAGACUGGCUCAACACUGUGGCUCAGAGAACAUGCCCUAUGCGGACCUUUGGAACAUCGGACCCUGCAUUGACAUCCCUGGUGCGAUACUUGAUUCAUGAUUCUUCAGGAUACAUAUCAGGUAACAUUUUCAUUGUCGAUGCAGGUGCAACCCUGCCGGGUGUCCCCAUUUUCUCUUCCCUUUGAGUCUCUUCUGCGGGACUGGUUUUCUUGGGUUAUUCAUCAUGUAAUACCCAGUACAUCUCAGAAUUCUGUUUGUGGUUCAUCCCGGUACACCACCAUAGACUCCAAAGCUCCUUCAUUGGAUUACAGACUCUGCUGCUCAUAAUUUGAUUGUCUCAAAAUUGUACUGGAAAAUAAAAUAAGGUAUCCGAUCCCCCAUAUCCUUAUAAUCGUGUUAUUUGUGUGGCAUUUUUUGAGUUCUGGUUGCUGAAAAUAAUGUGGCAAUUGGAAUGAACCCAUUGAAUAUUAAAAUCUACAUCUACUCAGUGUAGUGGUUUCUGCUUGAUGUCC